GUCAGAGUAGUGACAAGGAGAGAUUCGGUACUGUCAGUGACAGGACCCUGACAGUUAACACCCAGGGAUCAAAAGCCUGAUCAGAUUUUAAAAAGGGGAGAAAGGCGCCUGCAGAGAAAAGUGAAGCCACUGCAGGAUUGCUGUGUGUAGAGACUGGUCACACCUGUGGGUUAUUUUUUAACAACUUUUUCCUCCCUAAACCACGUGGACCAGUCACCAGGGUUAAUGUGUGACAAAUACAGCCUGGACUUUCACUGCGUGUCUCCACAAUGCAACAUGAGUUGGGCGAUGGAGCCUGCUAACUUCUAUGAGAGUGUCAAGCUGGGCGGCCCACACCAGGGGGUCUGCAAGCCGGGCAGCAGGAGCGACGGCGCGGGCGAGGACGGCACCAUGGUGGAGCUGAGCACCGCCCCUGCUAUGUACGACGAUGAGAGUGCCAUCGACUUCAGCCAGUACAUCGAGUCCAUGACAGCCGUGCCAAACCUGGAGCUGUGCAACGACGAGCUCUUCCUCGACCUGUUCAACACUGUGAAGCAGGAGAAGGUGGAUUUCUACAAUAUGCAGAGCUCCGUGCAGCCCGGCAGCAUGCAGCAGCUGUCAACCACAUACGCAGCGGAGAGGAAGGCGGACAGCGGGCUGGAUAAGGGGGCGUUUAGUGCGCCCAUCAAGCAGGAGUCCGACUGGAGUGACAGCGACAUGUCCUCAUCCCUGCCUUCCCAGAUCGAGUCCUGCGCCCAGACCUCUGUCAGCCUCCCUACAGGGCAGCCAACUCCCCCCACCACCCCGGAGCCUGUCUCCAAUGUAAGCUCGGCCAAAUCCUCCCCGCGGAAGAUCGGGAGGGAAAAGGGGAAGAAGACGGUAGACCGGUACAGCAUGGAGUACCGACAGAGGCGAGAGAGGAAUAACAUUGCAGUGAGAAAAAGCAGGGACAAAGCCAAGAUGCGAAACUUGGAGAUGCAGCAGAAGCUGCUUGAACUGGGCUCUGAAAACGAUAGGCUUCAUAAAACUAUCGAGCAGCUAACCAGAGAGCUCAGCGGGCUGAGAGAGUUCUUCAAGCAGAUGCCCAACUCCUCCUUUGCGGGCUCCUCGAGUGCAGAGAGCCGGUGACAAACUCAUUACCCUAUGAACUGAGCUUUUUGGAGACAUACCUCAACAGACAUUUCGUUUUUUUACCAUCUGUACCAGAUGUAUUAAGCUUACCAUAAUGGCACUGGAAAAUAUGAUGUUGCUGCCAUAUUUUUGUGGGAUUUUCUGUAUUAAAUUAUUUUACCACUGCAUUUAUAUGAUGCUAUACCUGAAAUGGUACAUGUUUUAUAAUUCCAAACUUUGUAUAAGAGCCAGAGCAUGAUCUUUUAUAUAGUUUGUAUGAAACCUUGAAAACAUUUUGUUUAUGGAAUCUAUAAUAAAAUUGCUUUAAAGGUGCAGAAA